ACGUCGAAAAUCACAAAACGCGAAAUAAAAAAAAAGUUUAAAGUUCUUCUUUUCAUAUUCUUCCCUUUUAUCACAUCGCCAGCUCCGCCUGCGCCUGGCUCCUUUCCUCCUCCUCAUUUCAUUAGAUUCUCUCGGCCAUGAAGCAACGUAGCCCCAAGAAAAUCUCCCUUAAAUGGAUCCCAUUCCUCUGCAUCUCCUUCUUCACUCUCGGAAUUCUCUUCAGUAACAGACUGUGGGUCCCACCUGAAUCCAACGGUCAGCUCUUGUCACAACAUCGACGAGAACAGGAGUUGCAGAUUGUCUCCGAGGAUUGCGAUACUAAGAAAAAGCCUGCACAAGAUAAUGAUGUAAUGGGUGAAGUUUUGAAAACCCACGAAGCAAUUCAGCCUCACAGUACACUAGACAAGUCAGUUGCAAUGCUUCAGAUGCAGAUAGCUGCCUCACAUAGUUCUCAGGAAAUGGAGGACUUGAAUGCCUCCAGUGCUGUCUCAGCCUUGGAUGAUGGCCCACCGAAGAAGAAAGUGUUUAUGGUCAUUGGGAUUAACACUGCUUUUAGUAGUAGGAGGCGGCGUGAUUCUGUCAGAGAGACUUGGAUGCCACAAGGGGAAAAGCUUUUUCAGUUGGAGCACGAGAAGGGGAUUGUCAUUCGUUUCAUGAUUGGCCAUAGUGCAACAUCCAACAGCAUUUUAGAUAGAGCUAUUGAUUCAGAGGAUGCUCAGCAUAAGGACUUCCUUAGACUGGAGCAUGUUGAAGGAUAUCACGAAUUAUCUGCAAAAACAAAAAUUUUCUUUUCUACUGCAGUUGCACAAUGGGAUGCUGAGUUCUAUGUCAAGGUGGAUGAUGAUGUCCAUGUAAAUCUUGGUAUGCUAGCUGCAACUCUUGCCCAUCACCGUUCCAAACCCAGAGUCUAUAUUGGGUGCAUGAAAUCUGGACCUGUUCUUUCGCAAAAGAAUGUCAAGUACCAUGAACCAGAGUACUGGAAAUUUGGAGAAGAGGGGAACAAAUACUUUCGACAUGCAACUGGGCAGAUAUAUGCAAUUUCAAAGCAUCUAGCAACCUACAUCUCCAUAAACCAGCCUAUAUUGCAUAAGUAUGCUAAUGAAGAUGUGUCCCUUGGUUCAUGGUUUAUUGGCCUUGAGGUUGAGCACAUAGAUGAUAGGAGUAUGUGCUGUGGGACUCCACCAGAUUGUGAGUGGAAGGCACAAGCAGGUAAUGUCUGUGUUGCAUCAUUUGAUUGGAGUUGCAGCGGAAUCUGCAAAUCAGUGGAGAAGAUCAAAAUUGUUCAUGAAAGGUGUGGCGAAGGGGACGAUGCAGUUUGGAACAAUUUAUUCUAAAUUAAUUUGGAUAGGAAGGUUUUCGUGGCCAAACAAGAUUAAGCAUUUGUGGUUGAUGAUCAAGGAGAAGCAGUUUUCGCCAGUUAGGUAGGAGAAAACAGUGCAUCUGGUUUCGGUACAUAUCUACAAACACAUUUUCCCAACAUUUAGGGGAAAUCAAUACGAAAAUGGUAAACAAAGAUAGGAGCUGAUUUCCAGAAAAGCUUAUAGUAGCAUUCAACAUAUCUUUCAAUUCUUUUGUUGGGGUUUAAGAGGAUAUGAUGGUAUGUUUGUACUCAAAAAUUGCUAUAGUUUUUUUUUUUUUUUGUCUCAUUUUGCAUAGAAAUUAGAUAUGAUGUGUAAGGGAGGUGAAUAGAAUGGUGGUCCAAAACUCCAAAAGCUAAUGUAUGGCCACAUUUAUAGAAGCUUGUAAAAGGUUGCUGCUGCUACAAUUUUUGAAUGCUUUUAUGAGAAUGGUAAACGUGAUGAAGACCAAA